AUGGGUAAGAAAGGAACGGUCGAGAAAAAAAAUGUUCGGCUCUGCCCCAAAUGUUCAAACGAAACCUUGGAGCAGCAGGGCACAUUUCAUGGACUUUUAUGUUGUCUCAGCUUGUGGUGGGUAUGUGGUCUGGGUUGCUUGUGCUACAGAUUUUUGAAAGAGGAUUACUGCGAGCCUUGUGAUGCUGUGAGGAUUCUUUCCAAAGGUUUGGAAACUCGCCAGCUGAAAUUAUGCAUUGAUGACAUCUCUCUUUAUGAGCAACCCAAAAUUGAUGACGCUAUUAAGGAAGAACAACCUAACGUAGUUGUGGUCACAAAAUCGAAAUCUGAGUGA